AUUUAUAAGCCCACGAUUGUGAGAAGUCAAGUCAUAUCAGGCGAGCAACAUAACAUUAACAUAUCAGACUUACACGCGAUCUCACGACUCCAAAUCCACCACAAUGGCGAGUGAUUUACUCGGAGGUCUGUUGCUUAUCAUUUCUGUGCUGGAAAGCGGCGUCGGACUGACGUUACAACCUAAAGAAGUUUGUCUGUUGCAAAUUGAAGAAGGGACGUGUAAUGACGACAUUCAGCGCUUUUACUACAAUACAAUCAGCCAGCAGUGUGAAGAGUUCAGCUACAGCGGCUGUGGAGGAAACCAAAACAACUUCAGGUCUUUCUUGGAAUGUCAGAAAACUUGCUUCAGGAUACCAAAAAUCCCCCAGAUCUGUCGUUUUCAAAAGAAAGAGGGGCCCUGCCGUGGCCUCUUCAGCCGUUAUUUCUUCAAUAUGACCUCCAUGCAGUGUGAACCCUUCACUUAUGGUGGCUGCCAAGGGAAUGAGAACAAUUUUCGAAACCCACAGGAAUGCAUAGAAUAUUGCAAACCUCCGAAAACGAUCCCUGUGAUUUGCCUUGAUACUUUGGAUAAAGGAAGGUGUUCAGCAUCCAUACCAAGGUAUUAUUACAACUCAGCUACAAAGACAUGCGAGGAGUUCUUAUACAGCGGAUGCGGAGGAAGCAACAAUAACUUCAUCUCCAAGCAAAGCUGCGUCGAUGUUUGUGGGAGCAAACGUUGGAGUCCCACAAAAAAAUCGGUGAGAGUUUCUAAGCAGUACCUGAGACGAGUGAAACCUCAGCCAUCGAGGGAGAAGACGAACAAAUAAUUGUUCAUGAAGUCAUUUUCAUUGUUUUGGGGAAUAACAACAAUGUAGUAAAAAUGGACGUUUUUGCUUUUGGUAUUUUGACAAGUUUUGCACACCGAUGACAAUGUUAGCAAAAUGAUCCCUGUUACACAGAUCAGCGAAUGCAGCUAAAAAAAAGGCCAGUAGAUGGCGACAUAAUCGUGUUCACAAAGAACUUUAUGGUAUCGUUUACGAAAACUUGCACUUUGAAACACAUUUGCAAGAUAAAUGUCAGUGUUAAACAACAGCCAAGAUGCAUAAAAAUGUUUUCCAUUUUUGAUUGAAAACAAUGUUAUGUAAACACCCAUCAUUGACAGAUGAUUGCACUGAUCUUAUAGUAUUAAAGAUGGCAGUUCACUGUA